CGCCACCCCAUUUCGUCAUCACAAGCCGGUCAGCUGAUAAUUCAUGGUACGGGUGGGACACUGAGUUGACAGCCAGAUAGCUAUCCGAGGAAGACAUCAAUUUACGCCUCUGCCAGUAGAGAGUUGGUUGUUGAGGGUUUUUCAGGGCGGAAUACCCAGAGUGCCGUGCAGCCAUGGGGGAGCUGUUCCGCAGCGAGGAGAUGACGCUGGCCCAGCUCUUCCUCCAGUCAGAGUCGGCCUACUGCUGCGUCAGUGAGCUGGGCGAGAUCGGCAUGGUGCAGUUCAGAGACCUGAACCCAGACGUGAACGUGUUCCAGAGAAAGUUUGUGAACGAGGUGCGUCGCUGUGAGGAGAUGGACCGCAAACUGAGGUUUGUGGAAAAGGAAAUAAAGAGAGCCAACAUCCCCAUUGUUGACACUGGAGAAAACCCAGAAGUUCCUUUCCCCAGAGAUAUGAUUGACCUGGAGGCCACCUUUGAGAAGCUGGAGAAUGAGCUGAAGGAAAUCAACACAAACCAGGAGGCCCUGAAGAAGAAUUUUCUGGAGCUGACAGAGCUCAAGCACAUCUUGAGACGCACCCAGCAGUUCUUCGAUGAGGUCAGGACUGGCUGUGGAAGUGGAAGUGGAAGAAUGGAGGACCCGGCACUGAUGGAGGAGUCCUCUACCCUGCUGGACCCCAGUGAGGUGGGCCGGGGUGCGCCGCUAAGGCUGGGGUUUGUUGCCGGGGUGAUCGGCAGAGAGAGAAUCCCCACUUUCGAGAGGAUGCUGUGGCGUGUUUGCCGUGGCAAUGUCUUCCUUAAGCAGGCCGACAUUGAGGACCCCCUUGAGGAUCCAACCACAGGCGAUCAGGUGCACAAGUCGGUCUUCAUCAUCUUCUUCCAGGGUGACCAACUGAAGAACAGAGUGAAGAAGAUCUGUGAGGGGUUCAGAGCGUCGUUGUACCCUUGUCCCGAGACCCCCCAGGAGAGGAAGGAGAUGGCUGGCGGGGUCCACACCCGCAUCGAUGACCUGCAGAUGGUACUGAACCAGACAGAGGACCACAGACAGAGGGUGCUGCAGGCGGCAGCUAAGACGGUGCGCGUGUGGUUCAUCAAGGUGCGCAAGAUGAAGGCCAUCUACCACACACUCAACCUCUGCAACAUCGACGUCACCCAGAAGUGCCUCAUCGCCGAGAUCUGGUGUCCAGUGUCCGACCUCGAUUCCAUCCAGUUUGCCCUGCGAAGAGGAACGGAGAAGAGCGGCUCCACUGUGCCCUCGAUCCUCAACAGGAUGCAGACCAAGCAGACGCCGCCCACCUUCAACAAGACCAACAAGUUCACCUCGGGCUUCCAGAACAUCGUGGACGCCUACGGAAUCGGCACGUACCGCGAGAUCAACCCAGCCCCAUACACCAUCAUCACCUUCCCCUUCCUGUUUGCCGUCAUGUUUGGUGACCUGGGCCACGGGGCGCUCAUGACCUGUGCUGCCCUCUACCUGGUCCUGAGGGAGAGCCGCCUCCUCACCCAGAAAAACGACAACGAGAUGUUUAACAUGAUAUUUGCUGGCCGCUACAUCAUCCUGCUGAUGGGCGCCUUCUCCAUCUACACGGGGCUCAUCUACAACGACUGCUUCUCGAAGUCCCUCAACAUCUUCGGCUCCAGUUGGAGCGUGCGGCCCAUGUUCCAGGAGAGCAUCCGCGGAGGAGGCAACUGGACAUUCGAGACCUUGGAGGGGAACCGUGUCCUUCAGCUGGAUCCGGCCGUCAGAGGUGUAUUUGGGGGACCAUACCCCAUCGGCAUCGACCCGAUCUGGAACAUGGCCACCAACAAGCUCACUUUCCUGAACUCCUUCAAGAUGAAGAUGUCUGUCUGCCUGGGCGUCAUUCACAUGCUGUUUGGAGUCUCCCUCAGCCUGUUCAACCACCUCUACUUCAAGAAGCCUCUGAACAUCUACCUGGGCUUCAUCCCUGAGAUCGUCUUCAUGAGCAGCCUCUUUGGCUACCUGGCGUUGCUCGUCUUCUACAAGUGGCUGGCCUACGACGCCAAGACCUCCAGAGAUGCCCCCAGCCUCCUCAUCGCCUUCAUCAACAUGUUCCUGUUCAACUACAACGACCCAACCAAUCAACCCCUCUACAGAGGACAGAUGAUCAUCCAGUCUUUGUUGGUGGUCAUUGCCAUGGCCUGCAUUCCCUGCAUGCUGAUAGUGAAAACCCUGGUGUUACGCAGACAGCACCUCUGGAGGCAGAAUCUGGGCACACAGAACUUCGGGGGGAUCCGGGUGGGCAACGGGCCGACGGAGGACGAGGCUGAGAUCAUCCAGCACGACCAGCUGUCGCAGCAUUCCGAGGAGGAGCCAGAGCAUUCCGAGGAGGAAGUGUUUAACUUUGGAGAUGUGGCAGUGCAUCAGGCCAUCCACACCAUAGAGUACUGCCUGGGCUGCAUCUCCAACACAGCGUCCUACCUGAGGCUCUGGGCUCUCAGUCUGGCCCAUGCACAGCUGUCUGAGGUCCUGUGGGGUAUGGUGAUGAAAAUCGGCCUGUCCUCUCGGAGCUUUGCCGGCUUCCUUCUCCUGACCAUCAUCUUUGCCGCCUUCGCCACACUGACCGUUUGUAUCCUGCUCAUUAUGGAGGGCCUGUCGGCAUUCUUACAUGCACUGAGGUUGCACUGGGUGGAAUUUCAAAACAAGUUCUACAAUGGCCAGGGCUUCAAGUUUCUGCCCUUCACAUUCGACAGCAUCCUGGAGGGGAAGUUCGAGGACUAACGGAAACCACAACUGUGACCUCUCCCUCUCUCCAAAAACAGCCAAUCAGAUGUUAUAUAGUAGGGGUAUAUGGAAUAUAGGAGAUUCCUGGAGUAAAAUGGUUUGUGAUUGGCAGAUGCACCAGUGUUCAGAAAGCUGAAUUUUAAGCUUGAUCAGUUCAUUCAAACAAAAUCAACAUGCAUUAAAAAAAAAAAAUUAUAAUAUUAAUAAUAACAACCGUUGAUUAUGAUUUGUUAUAGCUUGAUGGCUAAUUGGUUAUCAUAGAUAUCCAUUUCCUAUAGCAACAAGUUCUGUGAGGUCUAACUGCUAGCUAUUCCUGUUCCUGUCUUUUGAGUCCUCUUUUGUUGGUCAUUUGUUGUGUUUUUAAUCAAAUAAGUUAUUGGUGUCCUGUUUUUGGCAUAGUGUCCACUCUGUGUCUGUGAUAUUGCAUAGUGUCUACCCUGUUUAUGUAAACGAGAACCUUUUAUGUUUUGUGUGUAUGUUUUGUUUACGUCUGUGUGUGUAUGUGUGUAUGUACACAGACAGAUUGCACUUCUGAUAAUUUCUCAAGUCAGGUAUCUGUGUCUAGUUUGAGUGAUAGACGCCGGCGAUGGCCACCUUUUUCUCUGUAGCAGGACUUAGUGAUUCUCAUGUCAGUAAUAUGUUGAGAAAUAGAAACAAAAUGGCGGCGACUGAGCCAUCAGAGCUCAGCUUCAUCUGUUUGCCUUGAAUCUCCCUACCAGGUUGAGCAAAGUUCAGCUUCCUGUCAGGCCUUUGGGAUUAGUCUUGUCUCAAAGGCAGAGCAGCUGGCUGCGAGGUGCCCACCAGAUUUGGAUAUGCCCACCCACCCCCCACCCCCCAUCUGUCACACAGGCAGUCACAGACCAGCCCAUCCACACUUUUCUCACAAGACAGGGAAAAAAAUCACUCCUAUUUGAACACACACAUACACAUCUGUACGCCUUGCCCCACUGUGAAGGUUUCAAAGGGAUUCUGAAAUGUGUGUAUGUACUGUCAGCACUUGGCUUGAGGAAUUUUUCUUUUCUUUUGUUUUUUGGGCCCCCUCAAGGCCUCUGUACCAUGAUGGCGAAUAAACCUCAGAUGCACAGUCUAUGCACCUCUGUGCUCUCCCAACUGAAGCUACAGCAGCUCUGCAAAUGGCCAUACGUAUCUAGAUGCAGCAAGUCCAACACGCUAGUCUUGAGAGAUUAACCCUGGAUAAUGAUGGAUGUAGCUGGUGUUUAUGCUGGAAUAAGAUUGUUCGUGUUUUGUCGGGUCUUAAAAGUUUAUGUUGAUUUGUGUGCUGUUUUAUGUUUUUUUUUUCUGUUUUUAGUCUUUCAGUCAGUUUUUUCUUUUCAAAUAAUAAUGUGGUCAGAAAGAAAACAAACGCACAUGUCUCAAUCACAGAGCAUUAAGUUGUGACUAUCUCAGACACCGUGGGGAACAUUUUAGAGUAGAGCUUCUUUAUGUCUUGCUGUCUAAACCCAUAUGUGUUCAUUGUGUAUGUUUACAACAAGACCUAUCUGGCUCUUUCUUGGGUAGGGGUGGGCAGUACACUAUGAAAAUGUGUAGUCUUAAAGGGGUUCAUUUGAGAGCUGUGAACGGGACAAAAGGUCUAGUUGUCUGCCAGCGUGGCUGUUGUAGGAGUCUGUUAUGUGUGCUGUUGUCAAUAAACAGGAAAAAAGAUGUGUA